CAAUGGCAAAGAUGGUAAGAAGAAAGUGUGCAUUUUGUCGAGAUGAUGAAGAGAGUGCGAUUAUGUACAUUGCUGAAGGACAGAAUCUUGCAGUUCAUCAGAAUUGUUUGUUAUUUUCUUCAGGAUUUGUGGAAUCAGAAGAACAGAAGCCUGGGGAUCUUGAUAAAAGGUUUGACGUGGCUUCAGUAAUGAGUGAAAUAAAGAGAGGAAGGAAGCUGCGGUGCAAGUUCUGUCAUACGAAGGGAGCAACCAUUGGAUGCGAGAUCCAAACUUGUCGCAAAAGUUACCAUUAUUUGUGUGCCUUUUGUGAUGCUGCUUCAGUCAAAUAUGAAGAGCCAGGACUCUACCGUGUGUUCUGCCAAAAACACAUUCCAGUCGAGGGACGCAGUUUUAAUGAUGAAAACAGUAAGAAAGAAAUGCUCCUGACCCCGACAGAAUCUUCCUCCACUACAACCAAAAUGAAUGAUGAGACAGUUGGGGAAGAGAACAUGGAAGUCCUCAGUGAAAAACAUGACCAACACAAAGAAAGGAUAGAAUUUUUAAAGAAGUGUAAGCAGGCUGGAAUUCUGGCUGAAAUCUUUGAGAAAAUGUUAAACACUCUUCAUCUGGCUCAGGAAAAGCUGACAAAAGACAAUACUUCAGAAGCAGAGUAUGAAGAAACAGUCAUGUCACUUUUUGAUUGUGGUCUCUUUGAAAAUAUUCUUAGAGUGGCUUAUUCAGGAACAGAGAGAAAAAUUCAAGAACUAAUGAAUACACGGGAAAGACUGGAUACUCAGAUUGAACUUUUAAGAAAUUUAAAAGAAAUACCACUUCCUGUCUCAGAAGACACAGAUUAAUACUUUAAGUACUGUCUCUGAAUAACCCACCACGAUUAAAAUGAUCAUUGAUUUUUUUUCCAGGUCACUUUUAUACAGGUUAACUGUUGUUUUUCCAUUUUUACAGUUGAGACCUUUUUGAUCUAGCCAAUGUUUUACCAUUAGUUUUAAAUUGGAAUGUAUACUUCCAGGAUUAUAGCUUCAAAUACCUUCCACUAGAUGAAAAUUCAUGGAAGAAAGUGAGUGAAUUCAUCAUAUGCACUUCAUUUGCAAUGGUAAUAACAUACCUCUGUAAAUCACUCUGGUUUUGCUUUACGGUUAUCUUACAGUAGAGCUACCAGUGGGUUAGGAUGAUCACUAGAGGAUAGCAAAGUAAGACCAAUACCCAAGACUUUCCUGCCACUUAAUGGUCAUUCAGGUUUUGCAAUUCAGACUUGUAGUGUAUCUGAGUGUAUAUAAUAUCUCUUAUCAUAUACACUCAUUUAACUUCCCAAAGAAACUGCCCUUCCUGCUUCAUGUUUUACUAGACAGAUUGUGCAGAGAUAUACACUUAUUGUUAACUAUGUUAAUGAGGCCAAUCUACAUAAAUUUCAGAAGGUUGUUUCACAUCAUGUAAAAUAUUUCAGCAAACCUGCCUGUCAGGUCCCCAAAUCCUUGUUUUUCUUGCAUAUAUACUGUUGUUCUCAUUUUGGGGCCUGCCAUUCUGCUGGGGGAGGGGUAUACAGUGUAUCCCUCCAUUAUCCAUUUUUUCCAGGUUUUAUUAAUUGUAAGACGGCAGUGCGGUGAUUUAAAAAAUAAAUUACUGAAUGUUGGACUGCU